CUGAUCAAGUGGAUCCUCCUCGCUGUCCUUGCCGCCCUCGCUUUGGGUCAAUUCAUUACAGGAGACGUAUUGUACGGCUAUGAUGGACGAUGGCGCUACCCUUCUCGAUGGAUCCCGCCAAAGCAGCGAACUUUUACACCUGCAGAGCUGGCACUGUACAAUGGUCGGGACCCUUCGCGGCCGAUUUAUUUGAGCAUCUUGGGUAAUGUGUACGAUGUCACCAGGGGAGGAUCGACGUACAAGCCUGGGGGGAGUUACUGGUUCUUCGCCGGCAAGGAUGCGAGUAGGGCGUAUGUGACAGGGUGCUUCAAGACGCAUUUGACGCAUGAUUUGAGGGGGCUGGGGGAGGAGGAUUUGCAGCAAAUCGAUGCGUGGAAUACCUUCUUCGCUGAGAAUCCGCGAUACCAAAAGGUCGGGACAUUGCAGCUGCCUCUUAUUGAUCCCAAGACCUCCCCGCCGGAGCCUUGU